UACACACUUCGUGAUGUUUUCAUUUAGUUUUACCUCUUCGAAUAUAUUUUUCAAUGAAUUGUAUUAAAAAUAUUUAUUAUUGAUAAGCAGUCCAAUUCAAUGAAAAGUUUGUAUAUAAAAUAUCUUUUAAAAGCCGUAUGAACAGUUCACAAAGUUAGAGUGUUUUUUAAAAGAUUGGACAAAGAAAAGGAGGUAGUUAGGAAAGUUAUUCUGUACAAGUGGUAACAAGAACAAACUUUGUGUAUAUCUGUAAAAGAGGAAGAAACUAACAUGGCUAACGUGCAACUAAACGGAGUGAAAGAACUCGACACUGAACAAUACUCCGACGAAAAGAGUAAGUUGGAUCCAAAUGGAGUUGAUGAGAAAGUCGCUCUUGGUGAUUCUGAUGUCGAAGUAAAAGAUCGCGAGUCAUGGGGGCACAAAACAGAGUUUAUCUUAGCAUCUGUUGGAUUAGCAGUUGGCCUUGGAAAUGUUUGGAGGUUCCCCUACCUAUGUCAAAAAAAUGGCGGAGGUGCAUUUCUUAUUCCGUAUUUUAUCAUGAUGGUCAUAGAGGGGCUUCCUCUUUUUUAUAUUGAGUUUGCUAUUGGUCAACGCUUUAAACGCAGCGCCAUUGGUUGUUUUCAAAAGAUGCAUCCAGCUCUUACUGGGAUUGGUGUAUCUUGUGUGGUGAUUUCUAUGAUGUUGUGUAUUUACUAUGUCGCUGUGAUUGCGUGGUGUUUCUACUAUUUGUUCGUUUCGUUUACAUCCAAGUUGCCAUGGAGAUUGGAAAAUUGCCCGCGCUAUGACGAAUACAAUGUGUUAAGGGGACAAUGCGCCGCCUCAACUCCGUACAAUAAGAGCGGAUCUUUUAAUACGAGCGGAUCUUUCAAUACGAGCGGAUCUUUCAAUACGAGCGGAUUCUUCGAUAUGAGCGGAUUUUUUAAUAUCAGCAGAUCUUUUAAUACGAGCUUGAAGAAUUCCACAACCAAUUCCACAACUAACACAACACACAACGGCUAUUGUGAUCAAGUGAGAACAUUUUCAGACUGUUGCGUUCAAGAUCCACAGUUAUAUUAUUUCUACAGAAAAGCUCUCAAUAUUUCGCCCUCCAUUAACAGUUUGGGGGAGGGAAUUAACUGGAAACUCGUUGGCUGUUUGAUCCUGUCUUGGGCGGUAGUAUAUGCUUGUAUUGUUAAAGGCGUGAAAUCAAGCGGAAAGGCUGUUUAUUUCACUGCAACGUUUCCCUACAUCGUGCUUAUCAUCUUGUUCUUCGCCGGCGUGACUUUAGACGGAGCAUCUAUUGGUUUGAAGGCUUUAUUUUAUCCUGAUUUUGAAAAACUAAAAGAUCCACAAAUUUGGAUGGAUGCGGCAACACAAAUGUUUUUCACGUUGAGUUUGGGUUUCGGUGCAUUAGUUUCAUUCGCCAGUUACAUGCCUAUCAAAAACAACUGCGUGAGAGAUGCUUACACGGUGGUAUUUAUCAACUGCGGGACGUCUAUAUUUGCUGGCAUUGUUGUAUUUUCUAUUUUGGGACAUCGAGAACACGUUUUAGGACCAAAUGCUGGCUCAUUAGAAGAGAUUGGUGGAGGUCCUGGUCUUGCUUUUAUUACUUUUUGUGACGCCUUUCUUCAAAUGCCCAUUUCUCCAUUAUGGUCCAUUCUAUUUUUUAUCAUGUUGAUAUUACUUGGUAUUGAUUCAGAGUUCGGAACAUUAGAAGGUGCCAUUGCUCCAUUUUAUGAUAUGGGAUGGGUGACGAUGGGAAAAUCAAAAUUUACAGCAAUUGUCGCUGUUUGUAUGAUGAUUGUUGGACUUGGUCUGGUAUCCUCGCCAGGAUUCUAUGCUUUUCAAAUAUUCGACGAUUUUUCUGUAUCGUUAGGCCUCUUAUUUAUCGCGUUUUUCCAAACUAUUGGUGUUUCCUGGGUCUAUGGCAAUGACCGAUUUGCUGAUGAUAUUGAAUAUAUGACUGGUAAACGACCUUAUCUUUUUUGGAUGAUUUGUUGGAAAUAUAUUUCACCAUUAGCUAUAUUUAUCAUCUUCGUUGCAAACUGUGCAAAACUUGGAUCAAAGGGCGCUUUCUACAAUGUGUAUGUUGGAUGCGUCAACCAAUUGCAAAACUUCUCUCCGUUGCAUAUGGGAACGAAAAAGUCGACAGCUAAAGUGCAUUACCCUGGGUGGGCACAAUUCAUUAUUUUUGUUUUCAUCACAAUUACAAUGGUACCGAUUAUAGUGUAUUUGGUAAAAGACUUUAUUAAGAAUCCACAACAAUGGAAGGAUGGGUUGAAAAAGAAAUUGACUUCGUUAGUUGAUUACCAUCCAGAUCCAUACCGAAUUGACCCAAGUCGACGAAAGUCACCAGAAGAAGUCGAAAUUGAUAUCUUGAAGGGAUAAAUCUGCCUAGCCAUACGCAUAUUGCUAACUUCUGCUCGAAUUAUAACUAGUGGCAUACAAAAGAUUUGUGUUAUCAACUUUUUUAUAUAUAUAUAUUUCAACGUUUUCCAGUCAGGUUGGCCCACAGACUGUGAUAUAUAAUUAUGUUAGGCUGUGAUGUUCUAGUUUGCUUACUGCACUUGGAGCGGAAGGUCAAAAUAUGAACAUGGAAAUGUGAAAAUUGUUAAUUAUUAUUACUUAUAAUGAAUUGUUUUUACUGUAGAAAAAUUGUCUAUAUAUCAGAAAA